GGAUUGGAGAUGCUUAUAAAAGCAGGAAGGUUACGAAGCGCGCCGACAUGUCAACCGACCCACCACUUCCUUCCUCUGUGGACUUCCGCUUUAAGGAGUGAGCAUGGCCUCCUCGUCUUGCACUUUCACUGCUACACUGCGCCCAUCGCUCACUCCUCCUCCUGCCCUCCAUCGUUCUCCGCCGACCUUACAAUCGGUCGUAUCCAACCCUCUUGCUUGCUCUCUUAGAUUGAAAACGGCCUCAAGAAUCGGCGUGAAUCGCGAGAAACCCGAGUACAGAACGAGCUCAGCAGGGCAUGUGAUAACGACCGAGAAAGCCAAGGGAAAGGUGCGGGUGCUCGAUUCCGAGGAUUAUCUGGCGGUUUCUCUGGCGGAAUACACCGCCCAUCUGUCGGAUAAGUUCGCCAAACAGAGAGGCGCUUUCACCGUUGUUUUAUCCGGAGGUUCUCUCAUCAAGUCACUCAGGAAGUUGGUGGAAGCUCCGUACAUUGAUACGGUGGAGUGGUCGAAAUGGCAUGUGUUUUGGGUGGAUGAGAGAGUGGUUCCUAAGGAUCAUGCAGAUAGCAAUUAUAAGCUCGCCUACGACGGUUUCCUAUCCAAGGUACCAAUCCCACCUGGCAACAUCUACUCGAUCAAUGAUGCACUAUCACCAGAGGGUGCAGCUGAUGACUACGAGACCUGUCUCAAACAUUUGGUUAAGACAAACAUAAUAGACGUCUCUCAGGCAACUGGGCUUCCAAAAUUCGACCUCAUGCUACUGGGUAUGGGUCCCGAUGGGCACGUGGCUUCUCUAUUCCCCAGGCAUCCGCUUGUUCGAGCAGACAAGCAGUGGGUGGCGUUCAUCAAGGACUCGCCAAAACCACCUCCUGAGAGGAUUACUUUCACUUUUCCGGUAAUCAACUCAUCUGUGAAUGUUGCGCUUGUAGCAUCAGGAGCUGGUAAAGCCAAGGUAGUUAAUGAGGCACUGGGUGGUGAUGAUCUGAGUUUGGAUGCACGGCGUAUUGAGAUGAUCAAAGCUGGUAAACCCUAUGUAGUUAAUGUUGUGCCGAGUGCUGAUCAGAGUUCGGAUUUGCUGCCGGUUGAGAUGGUUUCAGCCGAAGGGGAGCUGACAUGGUUUCUGGACAGCGAAGCGGCUUCGGACCUGUUAACAUGUUCCUAUUGGAUGUUUGAUUAGUGUCAUUUGUGCUCUAUUUUUUCGUGUUAAUGCCAGGAAAGGAUUGGGUUUUUGUUUUUCCGAGUGGGAGUUGGGUUUAGACUUUAGAGUAGUCCGUUGAUAUAGAGAUUGGAAUGGAAAACAAACGGAUUUAGUGGGGUCUUUAGCUCCAUUUUCCUACCCCCUAAACUGCUCAACACUGUAAUUUUGGGAUCAUCGUUCUUUAGUUUAAGUCAUUUAUGGCAUUCCGGAUUUCCUUUGUCUCGAGUC